AAAAUUGUAACAGCCAAGUCUACAAAACUAUUUAGGCAGCCAAACCCAUUUAGAACAACCAUAUACCCAAUCAUCACCACACAUCAAUCAUGACAUUGAAUCUAUCAAAGAUAAGUGAGGCAUACUUCAAGAAAUUGUUUCUUCCAAAGAGUUUGGAUUCAUCAGUUUCCCCAGAAUCAAAAUCGAGUGUUUUGGUGUUAGAUCAAUUCACCACUUCGAUCAUAUCAAUGUGUUAUACCCAAACCCAAUUGCUUCAGAAUAAUGUUAUAUUGGUUGAAUUACUUGAUAAUUACAGAUCCUUUAACAAGAUGAAGCAUUUGAAUUGUAUUGUUUAUAUUAAACCUACCAAAGAAUCCAUACAAGCAUUCAUUAAUGAAUUGAGCAAUCCUCAUUUUAAGAGCUAUCAAUUGUUUUUGAACAAUACGAUCAAUAAGACCCAACUAGAACGAUUGGCAGAAGCUGAUGAAUUCGAAGUGAUUAAUCAAGUUGUGGAAGUGUUUCAAGAUUAUUUGAUUAUCAAUAGUAAUCUUUUUACGAUUAAUUUACCUUCAAAUUCACCAACGCCAUCAAGUUCAAAUUCUUCAAUUGUUGAAGAAUCUAAUAGUUUAAUCAGUUUAUUAUUAUCAUUAAAGAAAUGUCCUAUAAUUAAAUACGAACCGAGUUCAAUUGACUUGAAACGUCUAAGUUCUGAAAUCUUGUAUAACAUAAAUUCCAAUUCCAAUAAUAACUUAUUUGAUGAUUUAAAUAAAGGUAGUGAUAGGCCCCCUAUUUUAUUACUUUUGGAUAGAAAGACUGAUCCAAUAACUCCUUUGAUUUCUCCUUGGACCUAUCAAUCUAUGAUUCAUGAAUAUAUUGGUGUAAAGAAGAAUAUAGCUGAGGUUGCCAAUGAACAAUUAAUAUUGGAUGAAACCCAAGAUACAUUCUUUAAGGAAUCGAUGUAUUUAAAUUAUGGUGAUUUAACUGAUAAAUUUCAAAACUAUGUUGAAUACUAUAAAAAGGAAACUAAGCAGACAUCAAUUGAAAACUUACAAACUCAAAACUUGAAUGAAUUAAAGAAAAUGUUAACUAAAUUUCCUGAAUUUAAGAAAUUAUCAUCGAAUAUAUUGAAACAUUUGAAUAUCAUAAGUGAAAUUGAUAAAGAGGUUAAUAAUCAAAAUAUGUGGGAAAUCGGUGAAUUACAACAAACCAUAAUUUGUGAAUUGGAUAAUCAUCAAAAUAUUAAAUCAAGAUUAAUUGAAAUAUUAGAUAAUUCUAAAAUUACUACCAUUAACAAAAUUAAAUUAGUAUUGUUGUUUUCCAUAAGGUUUCACAACACCAACGAUUUAUCAUUGUUUACUGCUAAAUUAAAUGAUAUAACCAAAACCAAUCCUUCUCCAACUGUUUCUCAAAAUGCAUUACUCAAGAAGUUUAAUGCAUUAUUUAGUUCUAAAAUUUCAACAACAUCAGUUGCAAAUACAAAUGCUAAUAAUCUCGGUAAUAUUUUUGCCAACAAGACAAUCAAUAUACCAGGCUUAUUCAAUAACAAUAGAAAUAACAGAAAUCAAAGUAAAAAUGAUAAUAUCUAUUUACAGUAUGUUCCUAAGCUUAAUGAAAUCCUAGCUGAUUUAAUAACUCCAAAUCAAGAAACCAAUAGUGGUACAACCUUAUCUACACUUGUACCUGAUGUUGUGGCCAAUCAAUAUGGUAGAAGUAUUCAAUAUGAACCAGUUCAAGAUAUAAUCAUAUAUAUUAAAGGAGGUGUAACUUAUGAAGAAGCUAGAUUGAUUCGUGAGUUAAGCGCUAGUAAUAAGAAAAUCAAUUUAAUAAUUGGUGGAGAUUCCAUAUUGAAUAGUUCAAACUGGUUGAAUUAUUUAUAUGACUUGGUGAAUGACUCAAGUACUACUGAUGUCAUCAGUGAUCCUACAGAAGAACGAAGAAAACAAUUACGUGAUUUAUUAUAAGAAUAAAUGCUAUACUUUUAUAUAUAUAUAUAAAUAGGGGAGUUCACUUGUCUUUAUGGAGCAUAUUUACCGUAUUUUUGUUCCCAUGAUAAGAUUUUCUCAGUUAGAUCUUCCAUUAAUUUAAGAUUUUCAUUAAAAGUACUAAUUAACUUUUUAUUAUCUUCUUCAUGAGUAUUGGUUGUAGAUGUUGUACCCACAAUGGUUCUAACAUGAUCAUGAUCAUCACUUUCAAUGAUACUUAUACCAGUCUGAGUAGCAUUACCAUUGAUGUCGAUUUCUUCCUUAUAACUGAAUAAUUCAAUUUUAUUUGAUUUUUCUUCUUCCAAUUCUAUUUGU